CCUUGUCCCCGCACCUCUGUUGCAGCUCUGUUGAAUAUAUUAUCAUCGAAUGCGCCUCAGUCUGGCACACCCUUACCAAAUACGCGUUGACAGCACCGACGGCGCGGCCGCCGGACUGAGUGCACAAUUGGGAAGCCGGCGGCGACGGGGUCACCUCAGUCGGGACCGUCGGGACCGUCGCCAAAAUGGGACACCGACCUCCUCGUUCUCACCCCUCGACGACCUCUUUCUCAGACUACCUGCUUCUCAUGUCUAAAUCUCUAUAACAUCGCCAACAUUUGUAGAACCUGUGCUACCAGCUUUCUAGCGCUCUCGGAGAGUUCACUGAUCCAGCGCUGCCCACCCACUGGCAGGGUCCUGCUUAUACAUAGGUCCCGCACAUCGUGGAAGGCUAUCUGAAGCUGGAACUCGGUGUCGAAGCUGUAGCUUCCCCUCUCUGCCAAGGUAGAAUCCAUGGCGGCUCCGAACUCAGAGCCGAAGACCUCGCUCCCGACACUCCCUUGGGGAGCCUCUGCCCCAGCCUCGCCAAAACGACCAUACUCGCCGGAGAGUGCAUUGGAAGAUGUACCUGGCCUACACUAUGCACUGCACCUCUUUCUGGCGUCGCAGAUGGUGGAGUCGGAGGAGUACUGCAAAGAGUGUGACCCGAAGGGGGAGAACCUAUACUUUGCGACGGGCUACGGCCUCAUCCAGUGCUUCAAGGGAGUCAUGUCCUUCGAAGACGAAGAUCUCCUUGCCGCCUUGAACCAUGUCAAGCAAGGCAACGCCGUGGCAAAUUCACAUCGGAAGCGCGCCGCUUCCCUGCCAACGCGACUAGCAGGCCUCGUUCUAGGUUCACUGAACACGUCUGGCGUCGGAUGGAUCAAGAGCAUGACACCGGUCGAGCGCCAUGCUGAACUCGUCUACGCGGAGACGCUGUUCGAGAAGGCGAUACUCGGCAUCGUCUACUCCGGAGACUGGCUCGCCUUCAUCAAGGAAGCGCUGAACCUCCGUACCACAAUCAACAUCUACCGCCAGCUCGGCCAGUUCGUCGAGAGCGCAGAUGCGGAGGCACGUGCGCGCGGCGACGGGCCUGAGGACACCACCAUCGACUCACAUUUCCGAUCGGGCGUGUGUCUCGGCGUAGGCAUGUCGAACGUGAUCUUGUCGCUCAUGCCGUCCAAGGUGCUCACGGUGAUUGAGCUCUUCGGAUACACGGGUGAUCGCCAUACCGGCCUGGCGUAUCUGAUGAAGCCAGGAGGAUGGUCGAAAGACUCCUCGGCGCCGGCUGUGAGCGUUGAGCAGGAAGGCAUCCGCCGUCCGAUGUGUGACAUGGCGCUGCUGCUCUUCCAUCUCGUAUUUUCGAGCUUCACGUUCGACGGCGUCGACAUCACCAUGGCGCAGAAGAUCCUUGACUAUCACCAGACGCGAUACCCAGACGGCGUGUUCUUCCUGUUUGGUCGAGGCCGACUGAGCAUCUGCCGCGGGCAGCCCGCACAAGCCAUUGAGUACUAUCGGCGCGCGGUGGUGGUGCAGGACCAGUACAAGAACAUGCACCACAUCUCGCACUGGGAAAUCGCCGUCGCGCAUCUCGCGCUCUGGGACGUCGCUGCCUCGCUCACGAACUGGCGCGCACUCGCGAAGGAUGCGACCUGGUCGAAGGCAACGUACACAUAUGGCGCCGCCGUGUGUCUGCUAGAAUUGGGCGACGAGAAGCAGAGGGAAGAAGCGGCAAAGCUAAUGGAACAAGUGCCGACCCUGCGCCAACGCAUCGCGGGCAAGUCGAUCCCGCUCGAGAAACUCGUCGCCCGCAAAGCGCGUAAGUUUCAAGAGCAGAAGGGCCGGCUCGCCUUGGCCGCGCUCGAGUUCGGCUACCUCUUCCUCUGCAUCGAGCACGCACCACGGACCGUCAUCCUCUCGCACAUGCUCCCGCAGACGGACGCGCUCCUCGCUGAGCUGCAGGGCCACCGCGACAGACCCACAGCGUACGAUGGGUACUUCUGGGACGAUUGGUGUCUCGCGCAGUUCUUGCGCGGCGUGUGUUUGCGGUAUGUCGCGUACCCGGACGCGGAUACAGUGCCGGACGACGCCGAGCUCCCCAUGUCGCAAGCGGAUGCGGAGCGCGAUGCCGUGCUCGCGUUCGAGGCGGUCUUCGCGGACGGGGAUAAGAUCGCGCUCGACCACUACCUGAACUACUUCGCUCACUUCGAGUACGGUCGCCUGCUGGCAUGCAAGCGCGACAAGGCGGGUGCUAGGGAACAUCUGGAGCUCGUCAUGUCUGGCAAGUCUCUCGAAGGCCCGGGGGUGCAUAGAAAGGGAAAGUACAGUAUGGAGAAUGGCUUGCACGUUCGGACACACGCUGCACUUGAGGCUUUAGACCGCAAGGACCGUUUAUAAGUGCACUCUGAUCUACCAUCGCGGUUCGGGCAUACAUACAUGACAUGAUUGAUAUACGGCAUCUCAGGCUGCACUAGGCUAUGGGCAUAUAUACGCUGCGAUCCGGACUUUGUCGCUUGUACUAGUCCCUGCUGCUUUUGUUGUUGUAAGAAUAUAAUCUUCCUCCUCCUCCGUCGUUAUUAGACGUGAGCCAUCGCACAGUAUCUCUCUGCCAUAUCGAACACCGGGUCAUGUACCGGC